UCAACAUGUUUCAAGCUUCAGAGUUGCAGACUAGUAUGAUUGAAACAUUGGAAGCAGUGGAGAUAGAGAAACAGAAACAUCACAGCACUAGAAUGGAAGCCCUUGCACGUUUGGCUAGACUUGAGGUUACAAACGGUGAGCUUGCAAAGUCACUUGCCAGGGAACAAUGGAAUCUGGAAGUUCAAGUAGAUCAAGUGGCGCAGCUUCGAGAGGAAGUUGAAUUGAAGAAACUUGCUCAAGAUAAAUACAGAAGAAAGCUAACAAAGAUACAAAAGACAAGUGCCCCUCCGGUUGAUGAAAUAGAAUCUUUGAGAAGGUUCAAGCUGGAGGAAGAAAUUAUUGAUGCAGAAUACACUCUGACAUGUGACAGAAUUGUGAGCUUGAAGGACAAGGUAGGUUUUCCCGUGUAUGACUGACCUCAUGUAUUGAUU